AUGGGAAUGCUACAUAAUUUAGCUGAUCUAAUUAAGGUUAAGAAGGAUAAAAUGACAAUACUAGUGCUAGGACUCAACAACAGUGGCAAAUCAACGAUUGUAAACCAUUUCAAAAAAUCAAGCGAACAGGUUGCCAUUAUGGUACCAACAGUUGGAUUUUUGGUCGAACAAUUUUACACUAAUAAUGUUAGCAUUAACGCUAUAGAUAUGUCUGGAGCGACUCGUUAUAGAAAUUUGUGGGAACAUCAGUUCAAGAACUGUCAAGGAAUUAUGUAUGUAAUUGACUCGAGUGAUAGAAUGCGAUUCGUUGUGGUUAAAGAUGAGCUUGAGCUUGUGCUUCAACAUCCUGAUGUAAGUAAUCGAACCGUUCCCAUACUUUUUUAUGGAAACAAAUCAGAUCUUGAAGACUCGUUAUCAAAUGUUAAAAUUGCUGCAGCGCUAGGUCUUGAAAAAAUAAAGGAGAAGCCCUGGCACAUUUGCUCCAGCAAUGCCAUCUCAGGCGAGGGAUUGGAUGAGGGCGUGCAGUGGUUGGUUCAACAAAUACGUUUUGCAGUAUUAAGCAAUCGUUAUGGUGCAAAAAUAACCAAACACCACAAAUAA